GGCCCGCGGCUGCCACGGUGAUGCCGUGUCUCAUUGAUAGUGGCUCAUAAGCUCCAACCCGACGUCGGCUUCUACGUUCACCUACGUACUUAAGGUGAGUAGUGAUUGGACUGUCCGCACAGCUCAUCAUCUGUCCAGCAUUAAACCGACCUUCUUUGCAAUGUCUUCAUCCUCAGACAGCUCGUCGUCCUCGGACACAGCUCCCACGACGCCCAUAUCUCCCACCGACAGUCUCUCACUGUCCAAAAGACCUCUGUACACGACAUCGUCCGUGUUCUUGAAGACACUCUCCGAAGCAGGCGUCACCCACAUCUUCGCCAACUGGGGUAACGACCACCCAGCGAUACUCGAAGAUCUCGAGCGGCAGCGCUCCGAAAGAGGCGGGAAGGCCCUUCUAGAGAUCGUGACAUGCCCGAACGAGAUGGUCGCGCUCAGCGCCGCGCAGGGGUACGCGCAGGUUACGGGAAACCCGGCCGCGGUCAUCGUCCACGUUGACGUCGGGACACAGGCCCUCGCGGGAGCAGUACACAAUGUUGACAAAGGCAAUACUCCAGUCAUCAUCUUCGCAGGUGCAUCGCCAUACACCGUCAGCGGGGAGCUGAAAGGAUCGAAGAACGAAUGGCCGAUGUGGGGCCAAGACGCGCCUGACCAGCCAGCUAUCGUGCGUCAAUUCAUGCGCUUCACCACCCAGAUCAUGAGCGGCAAGGCGGUCGCAAAGACUGUCAUGCGUGCCUGGCAGUUUGCCACUAGUGCACCGAGGGGACCCGUGUAUCUCUGGGCUCGGCGGGAAUCUGUAAUAACUGCACCGCUGGAUGUCACCAAGUGGCCGCCCAUCGCGCCUAGUGGCCUAUCACCGACCGCGGUUAGGACGAUUGUCGAUGCCCUCUCUACUGCCCAGUUCCCCAUGAUCAUAGCCCUAUCGUAUCUCCGCUCCGUCAGCGUUUUCCUGUCAAUCUCCCAGUACUUCUCCAUUCCCUUCAGCCACCCAUACCUGCUCGGCCAGACCUUCGACGGCACGAAUCCCUAUCUCGAGGAAGCGGAUGUCGCUAAUGGAAGCAGGCUUCGGCCAGACGCUCGCGUAUUUGUCGUCGAUGCCGACCCGCUCAAGCAGCAGAUGGGCUGGUCGCACAUCGACGCGGAGCUCAUCUGCAGGGCGGACGCUCAUGUCGCGCUUGGGCAACUGGUCAACGCCAUCCGCGCCGCGGAUGCCGAGGCGGUCGACGAUACCAAGCUGCAAGAGGGACUCAGGGCACGCGGCGAACGGCUGACGUCCCUGCACGACCACUGGAUUGGCCAACUGGUCGAGGCCGAAAGCCGCAAGUCAUUGCCAGGGCAGACGCCGAGCGUGCCAUGCAUCCUCGGUACUCUCCGCGAAGCUGUGAAGGCGCAGACGGUAAGCCAUGGCGAGAACGUCCUGUGGCUGAACGAGGGCAUCAGUAACUGCGGCUUGGUGUGGAACCACAUCCGGCCGGAGAGGCCAGGGCAGAUGUUCAUGUCGGGAGGCUCAAGCCUUGGGUGGGCGCUGGGCGCAGCGACGGGGGCUCGUCUCGGUGCACAGGUGGCGAAGAAGGACUACGAGCUAAUCACAGCUAUCGUCGGUGACGGCACCUACUUGUUUGGCGUCCCGAGCACAGCGUACUGGCUAUCCAGGCGAUACGACGCGUCGCCUCGCUAUUCCAUGUUGGGCAUGCACCCGGACGGACUUGCGAGCAAAGUCUCCGCUCAACAGCUAAGCGUCAGCUUUGGGCCCGACAUGCCCGACUACGCGAGUAUCGCAGCCGCUGCAGGUGGGGCGUGGGGUCGGAGAGUCGAGCGCGCUGAGGAUAUACAGUCGACGCUAGAAGAGGCGGUCAGGGUCGUGGUGCAAGAGAAGCGCAGCGCCGUGGUUGACUUUAUCAUUGAUCAGAUUUAGGGUAGUGGUGGAUGAAUGGUGGACAUAUAUUCUAUGGUACCCAAUCUUUGUACGCGAACAUAUCUAUAGGCAAUGUAUCAAUAGGUUGGAUACGAUUGAAUGGUCAAUACAUGUACUCACGAAGAUACCUCAGUGCUACAUCUG